AUUUAUUUAAAAUUUCAGUAAAUUUACGUGGCAACGUCCAUUAUUAUUUAUUCCCUAGUUAUAAAAACUAUCAUGGUUACCGGAUUAUUAUUUUUUCUAAAAGAUGACGCUCUUUUUUAAGUAUAUAAAAAACGGACAGAGUAAGAGUGAAACUACAGAUAAAUGAUGAGUGAUGAAGCUCAAGAAAAUGACAACAGUUCGCAGCUGUAAGAGGACAAACAUGCGGUAUACCGACUUCAGGAACAUAAAGAGAGGCAUUUUCUUGCUAGUUUUGACUGGAGUUAGUUUGGCAUAUAUACAGCUUGUUGCUUUGGAACAAUGGGGUAAAUUCGUUCAUUUGAACGUUCAGAUCUCUCGGACUAUACAUUAUAAUAGCGGGAAAGGCAAGAACUUGUUAAGAAAUGAAAAGUCAUCCGAUGUGCUCUAUUUUGAAUAUAACGAAACGGAUUUGAUGAAAAAACAAGUUGAUUAUAGCAAUCCUAUAGCAGACACAAAUAACAGCGCAGACAAUGACGUCGUUGAUUUUAGAGAAUCAACAGACUUCAAUGAAAAGGCGGGAAACAGAAAUCAGUCAAAAAUAAAGUCUUCGAAAAAACAUGCGCGUAGAAACCUUUAUGCAACCAUUAAUCUAGAAAAAAUAAUUUCCGACGAAACAAACUUUACUAAAAAACCUUUGAUGGUGUUGUUUUCAUCAUGGGUGUCUAGUCCCGAAAAGGCAAAGGUGCAAGGUGUUGUAAAGCGUUUAUGGAACUCUUGGUCUUCAAUCAAACCAGCUGUGGUGACAACAGAUACACAAGUGCAGAAUGAAUGCACGUUGGCAGGUUGGGGUUCUCAAACCGUGACGAGUGUAGACCCCGGGUGUCACGGACCACCGGUUCUUGCAAAAAUGUUUACUGAUGUAUCAAAAGCACAUGAUGCUUAUUUUUACGGCUUUUCAAAUGCUGAUAUAAUUUUUGGUGACGGUCUCGAGAAAACGAUGAAGUUUCUGUAUUAUCAUUAUAGUCCGUGGAAAACUAAACCGGUUCUAGUUGUCGGUAGAAGGCAUAAUGUUGACUUUAUUGAACAUGCUAAUUUUACACUCGACACACCAACUGACGUAGGAAAAAUGGCCGAAAAGGGGACACUUGUUGUGAGGUCUACGGACUACUUUUUCUCAAACGAACUUUUUCCAUGGGCAAGGGCACCAAAAGUGAGUAUAGGAAGACCGUAUGUUGUUCGUGCCAUCAUAGGUUGGGCAUUGCAAAGGCGUUUUGACGUAAUUGACGCUACAAAAACAAUAGAAUCCGUUCACCUGACCACGCAGGACGGAGUGUUUGCCUCAUGGCACAAGAAAGGGACAAUGUGUAAUGAGCGGGUUAUGGCAAAGCUACGCUGGAAUAUUCCGCUGUCAUUCGGUCAUUGUGAGUGUGCCAGACUUGAAACAUUCAAAGGCGUUAAUAAAACUAUUGAAAUGAGACACAGGCCUAUGAGCAGACGAUUCUGCGGGAGAUGAAACAGUGAUUUCAACAGGAACGAGUAAAUAACCCUGGCAUUGACAGAAAGUGAACCAAAGAUACUUAUAGCCAAUAAAUCAUAGUGUCAUGGUAUAACGUUCCAUUGUUUUUAAACAUUAUAAGUUUAAAACAUCGCUGAACAUGUCUGGAACUAAUAAACACCUGUUAUUUUCUGAUGCAAAACACUGCUCAUUAUAACUGGUCAAUAUGCUAAA